AUGACGACUGUGGCAGUGACACGUGGCGGGCCUCAAGCCGCAGUAGCUCUAGCGGCCUGGGCGGCGGCCGGUACGGCCUGCCUCGUGUGGGCCCUCCGCGGUCGUUACUUGCAGGUUUUCCUCGGAACGGAUCCCGAGAAAGGCGGUGGAAAUGGCGGGAAUGGAGAGAAGGAACGGCAGGGAGUCACGCUGACGUCACUGAACCACUUGAUCGCGCUGACGGGUGACAGCUGGCACUCCUCGCUACAGCGGCUCGCGAUUGGACAGAUGGUUAUCGGCUUGAAGCUCACCAACGAGCCCAGACUCGCCGCCAUCCCCUCGCCGCUGCCUGACUCGCUCGCCAUGCUGGCAUCUCUGCGUGACGUGGACCUGUCGGCCAAUGGGCUUUCGACAUUCCCCGACGCCCUGCUGUCCGUUCCUGAGCUCAAGAAGCUCAAUCUGUCAAGAAACAAACUUACGAGUCUUCCUCAGCCAAUUCGCCGGCUCUCCCACCUGGAGCACCUGGACUUGGGCCGAAACCACCUGUCAGGUGUUCCUGAGGAGAUCGGGCACCUGACGAAACUCCUGACGCUCAACCUGAUGUGCAACCAGUUGGAGAGCCUACCUGACAGCAUCGGGCGGCUCACGAGGGUUUUCCGCCUGGGACUCAAGAGCAACAGGCUCAGCGCCCUGCCCUCAUCAAUAGGCGGCAUGACCUCUCUCGUGGAGCUCUACCUCACAGACAACCGCCUCACCGCCCUGCCGGACUCCAUCGGCUGCUGCACCAACCUCGUCAAACUUCAGGCCUCUUUCAACGAGCUGUACGCCCUGCCAGAUACAAUCGGCCAUCUCUCCCGCCUGGAACUGCUCCGUCUCGCUGCCAACAACCUGCACGCCCUCCCCUCCUCCCUCGCGCUGCUCCCCCGCCUGGCGUGGCUGUCCCUCGCCAGCAACCCUCUCUGCCCGCCUCUGCCGCCGCACCACGAGGGCGUGGAGGAUAUUCCCUUUGGAGACCUGCAGCUGGGGAGGAAGCUGGGCGACGGCGCCAGUGGCGACGUCUACGCGGCGGUGUGGCACGGGCACGAGGUGGUGUUCAAGCAGUUCAACAGCGAGACCAGCCCGGAUGGACGUGCAGUGGAUGAGAUCGCCAUGACUGCUGCUGUCGACCACCCCCACCUCGUGCAGGUCGAGGCGACAGUGGAGCAGCCCCACGGGGUGGUCAUGCGGCGAGUGUUUGGCAGGGCCAUGGCAGAUCCCCCCAAUGGUGAAUCGCUGCUGCGCUGCCGCUGGCCUCCCACUGCCUCCUACUCGCUUGCCACAGUGGUGGCGGUGGGGAAGGGGCUAGCAUCGGCUUUGGAGUGGAUGCAUGCGCGGGGGUGGGCGCAUGGGGACGUGUAUGCUCACAACGUGCUGGUGGACGAUAAGGACUAUGCUAUCCUGUGUGACUAUGGAGCAUCCUUCCCCUACCCUCGCCACAGUCCCAUCCCCUUUGAAUCACAUGAGGUGAGGGCACUCGCCCUGUUGCUCCAGGGCCUCUGCACGCGCCUCUCAGCCCCCGAGACCACAGCAGAGCUUCAGAGCCGAGAGCAGCUGGGGCGGCUGAUCGAGACGUGUGUGGGUGGGACUGCAAAGGAGAGACUUAGUUUUAGAGAUGUUGGUGAGCAGCUGGCUGCUAUUUCCAGGAGCCAUGUGUGA